UUCCUCUACACUGCUCUGCCAGUUUCUUCUCGUCUGUCACCGUAACUGGCGAUUCUCAUACAUUGGGGAGCCUGAAACGUAAGAUCACUUUUAAAAACAUGAGGAAUCUGAAUGGAGAUUUAUUGAAACGAAAGCCACAGCCAGACAACUCUGAUAGACCAGCGAAGAAAAGUCGGGCAUCAGAGAAUGGACAAAGCCCCUCAGAAGAAUAUAGACCAGAGAAGAGAAGUCGGAAAUCAGAGGAUGAACAGAGCACCUCGCAGAAAUGCAGAAGAGAUGAUGGCAGUGGUGGAUUUAGUUUUAAUGAAGCCAUCAGAGAUGAUACCAAAGCUGGCAUCAUAGAAAGAAUACACAUGAGAAAUUUCAUGUGCCAUUCAUCAAUGGAGGUCUUCUUGAACCCAAGAACUAAUUUUAUUGUUGGGAAGAAUGGUAGUGGAAAAAGUGCAAUACUUACAGCUGUCAUAGUGGGUUUAGGAGGUAAAGCCAGUGCUACCAACAGAGGAAGUUCUUUGAAGGAAUUCAUAAAGAAGGGUAUGAACACUGCCACCAUUGAAAUAACACUGAGGAACACUGGACACUGUAGUUACAAGAAAUCUCAGUAUGGAGACCGCAUAAUUGUAACAAGAAUCAUAAGUAAUACAACUGGUUAUUGUGGCUACAAAGUAAAAACAGAACAAGGUGAAGUAGUUUCUAGCAAGAAAGAAGAAUUGGACAGAAUUGUGUCAGCAUUCAACAUACAAGUUGACAAUCCUGUAUCACUUCUGAAUCAGGAUGCUGCUCGAACAUUCUUAAACAGCACUGAUCCCCGUGAUAAGUACAAAUUAUUUAUGAAAGCAACACAACUAGAACAAAUAGAGCAGAUGUAUGAGGAGUCCAUGUCAGAUAAACGAUGGGCCAUGGCCAUGGUAAACUCCAAGAAAGAGGCUCUUCAUGUAGCGAAGAAUGAGGUAACUGAACUGGGGCACAAAUGGAGAGCAGUUCAGUCACUCAGCAGUUACAGAAAGAAGUCAAGAGAGCUGGAAAAUGAGUUAUACUGGGCUGUUGCAGUGUCAGAAGAGAAAGUGGCAGAGAAUUUGAAGCAAGACCUCGAAAGUCAGAGAGCACAACAUCCAGCUUUACAGCACGAUGCUGACAAGGAAGCCAAAUUGGAACAGAAGCUGAAUCUUCUUUUUAAGGAAGUGGAGCAGCAAAUAAAUGAGAUAAUGUCCAGGUUAUCUGAAUGUGAGGCUCAGUAUAAGGGAAGUAGAGAGGAAGUGAAUCGUAGGAAAGAAAAUUAUGGGCGGAAAAUGCAGGAACUUAAGACUUUACAAUCAAGAAUAUGCCGAAUGGAGAGCAACAUUAAUACACUGCUUCAAGAAAUAGAUAAAAUAAAAAAUAAUUCUGGUCCAGACUAUGCUGCUAGAAGGCAAAGAAUCUGCCAUGAAAUUCAAGAGCUGGAGAAUAAACAUGCAGAUGUCCAGGCUACACUUAAAACAAACAAACAUCAUUAUUUCCAGCUAAGUGCUAAUGUUCAAAAGCUUAAGAGUGAAGAAUACUCACUGAAGCAGGAAUUGCAAGAGAAUUUGAGGAAGAUUGAACAAAAACAGAGAGAAAUUCAAGCACUGAAGAGAGAUACAGACAAUUCAUUGACAGUGUUCGGUGCUUGGGUACCACGUGUAGCGCAGAAGAUAGAGGAAGCAUUCAAGCAAAGGAAAUUUCGAAAGAUGCCCAGAGGACCUGUUGGUGCAUAUAUAAAACUGGAAGAUUCGUCUUGGGCACCAGCAGUUGAAUCUUUCCUGGGACCAUUCCUGAGAUCAUAUUGCGUGGAUUCUUCACAUGAUGCUGCAGUGCUUACACAAAUUUUCAAUGAAGUACUGGGUAAAGAAAGGAAACCUGUAAUAAAUACGAGCAGGUUUUUUGACAAGAUACAUAAUGUAAGCAGGUUUGCAGUGCAAGCAGAUGGCUACCGUAGUAUAUUGGAUUCUCUCAUAGUCUCAGAUGUCAUUGUAUAUAACAGUCUGGUAGAUCAGCGUGAGGUGGAGACAAUCCUGCUUAUUCCAACCAGCAGAGAAGCAUGUGAAAUAAUGAGUAAUGCAAGACAGGUACCUAGGAACUGCAAAAGGGCAAUUACCAAGAAGGGUGAUCAGUUCUAUCCAGACCCUAAUUACAGGAUGUAUGCUGGAGAUGGAAAUACAAGAGCAAGAUAUCUCCAAGUUAGCAUGCAGAAUGCUAUUAGCACUGCAGAAGAUCAUCUUAAGGGUCACCAUUUUCAGAAGGGAGAAGUGGAGAAGCAACUUAAAGUAGUUCAGGAACAGUUACAAACAAACAGCAAUGAAUUAAGAGAGACAGGUGCUGUAAUAGAGAAGCUGAAUAAAGAAGACCUCUCUUUCAUGACAAAACUCACACGACUGAAGGAUAUGGAAGAACCUGAACCUAAUAGUAUCGCUACUCUUACUGCUGAGUUGGAAGAACACACGAGAAAAAAGGAUGAAAUAUGUAAGGAACGUGAUGCAUUGCAAGCAGAGUGUCAGCGGUUAAAACAUGAGGUGGAAAAGGCUGAAGAAAAAUCAUUGAAAAUUCGUGAUACUUCAACAGCCAUUCAAGUUAAAGAACGUCCUCUUCGUGCAAAGAGAGAAAGUGUGCAAAAUGAAUUAAAGGAAAUCUUAUCAAGAAAGAUAUUUCAAGAGGAAAGAUUGAAAGAAUUGUGUCAAAAGAUACAACAGAUAGAAACUCAACUGCACAAGCAACAGGAAGUUGCUAAGAAGGCUGUAGAAGAUGGAACAAAAAUAUGCCCAAGGAUUGAUACGAAAAGGCCUCCUAAAAUAGUCGAAAGAGAGCUGAAUGAAUGUAAGAAUUACAUGGAAAGCAUGGAGAAACAUUCUGGAGCAUUCGAAGAAAUUUGUGUUUCCUAUCAUGAGAAGAAAACAAAGUAUGAGCAAAUAGCAGAAGACAUCAGGCUUUUGGAGAAAGAAUUGGCACAUAUGGAAGACAUGAUCAGAGCACGCAAGAAAACAUUCUACGCAAUUCAGAAGUUAAGUAGUGUACGUGUGCAGCACAUGUUCCAGAGUUUGCUCCACCAGCGCAACUACACAGGUAAAAUUAUGAUUGAUCACAGUGAACAGACACUGGAAAUCAGAGUGUCUCCAUCUGAGAAAAGGGAGAUGGCAGCUGAGACAAAGUCCCUGUCUGGAGGGGAACGGUCGUAUGCCACAGUUUCUUUCAUCAUGGCCCUGUGGGAUGCUAUUGAUCCUCCAUUCUAUUUCUUGGAUGAGUUUGACGUUUUUAUGGAUAAAGUGAAUCGCCGAGUAAUACUGGAUUUACUUUUGGCCCAUUCUCAACAGAAAACAAACUACCAGUUUGUCUUUCUCACACCACAAGACACAUCCGCCAUUCAGUCCAGUGCAGAUGUUAGGAUACACAGGAUGCAAGAUCCAUGCAGAAGUAAGAGUAAUACACAGUGACGAUCAGGGAUAAGUGCUACUUCAUGAGAGUUAAGACUUGAGUCAUACUUAUACUAUUUACAUUUUUAAUGCUAGAUCUAGAUUGACUAACUUCUCCGACAAGCAGGAGUCGCUUGGUCCGUAUAGUUCACUUGCGAACUACAGGCCAUGGAGGUCGGUCAGUCGCUAGAUCUAGAUAAGAAGUGUGCAGCCUUUUUGGAGCAAGGGUAACAUUGGGGAAUACAAACAUGAAGGCCAGCUGGAAGUUAUUGUACCAAGUGAUGCUAAUUAUGGUUAUAUUAUUUCUUAUUAAUCUUUUAUAUAACUGAAUUAAAUAUAACAAUUAUCUGAACUCAGUAUGUAGGACAGUUUAAACUGCUUAACAUCAGUGAAAUAUGUGGCACUGCUCAUGUUAUAUUGGGUCACAUAUUUGAACGUAGAUGUAAGAGGAAGUAACUAUUUUAAUUCGCUUUGUAAAUAUUUAUUUUGUUAAGUCUGCUCUUCAGUUGUGAUUUGAAUUUUUUUUAAGUUACUCACACAUACAGAUAUUUCAAAACACUGAUGCAGUGGCCUGUCAGUAAGGGUAAGAAAAAUGUGUUCUGCAUGAUACAGAGUUUUUAAAAUUCCAGAAGAUGCACAUUCAGAAGUGUUGAUUUAAUUUGUUCAUUGUUUUCUCUGUCUUUUCAAAACACAAAAUUUAAUUACCAUAAUUUUCUACAUUAUAUGAUUGAGAUUUAGCUCUCAUUUCAAUUCGAAGAAUGUCUAUUUUAAUUUACACUUUGCACACAGAAAUUAUGGCUGGCAGAACUGUACGACAGGUGGACAUGUUUGCAUUGCAGAUUUGUUUUCAAAUAACUAUAUAAGAUGUUCCCCUCGUAGUUGGACGAGAAUUUGAAUGCUUGGAUACCAGGUAAGCAGGAGUUUACUGCAUUAUAUUAUAUUCUGAUUGAUGGUUUAAAUGUCUAUGAGGUUUUAUAAAAUGUACAAAAAUUGUAUCAGUAACAGACCUUUUAAAAUUAUGCUCAUGAUUUUUAUUGUGAGACUCGUGACAUAGUACGUAGUUUGCAUUCAGUUUUAGAUGCUGCAUUUUGCAGUUCUUGGCCAAUCUUACCAUUAGUUUGGUGAUAAUCAAGGUUAAGGCAGUCAGACUGUGCAGCUUUCUCCUGCACCAUUAUAUGCCUUCCUACUGAGCACCUGAGUGUUAUGGUUGAGUGAUUAGUAUUCUUGUUUCCACCCUUUUGGGGUCCCAGAUUCACUUCUUAGCCCAGAGGUUGGCUACAUGGCGGAGGUUUUCCAUGACUUCCCUUCAGCACUGGAAAUGCUAGGUGAGGAGCAUAAUUCUUCCCAUGUUACGAAAAUGUAAUGUGAUUGAACAUUAUGUUAAGAGAAGUUUCAUGUAUAGCCAUUAUUUUUUAACACAUCUGACCACUCUGUUGUAGACAGUAACUUUGUUUUUAUGUCUUAGGUCAGAAAUAUAACAAGCAAACCAUUUUAAAAUAAAUUCAUACUUCCACACAAUUUGAUUUCUGGGUCGUAACUGCAGUCUUGACAGGACCACAACCCACAGCUGUAAAAACCUCAGAACUUAACCCUUCCGCACCGACCCUUUAAAUAAUCGUAUGCCACCGACAUCGGUGCAGUGUACCGACCUGCGCAGUGUUAGCUUUGAAGGACGUUGCUGACAAAACGAGGAAAGAUAUUCCAAUUUUCUUUUCAGGAGUACAUAGAUUAAGGUUUCAUCUUUCAAUUGGUAUAUGAGUUAUUUAUUUUGGACGAAUUUUUAGCACGGUAUUUUUAUUUUAUAUCGUUAGUGUAAUAGUUCGUACUUUGGUCUCAUUGCGCCUAGAUUGCAUCGAAGUUUUUCAAAUUCUAAGUAAGGAAAAUGUAUAAAACUAUAUAUCUUUCGACUCUAUGGUCUUUGCUUGUCUAUAUGAGUCACUCACUGAAACCCCAGACGAAGGUUUUCCUUGAGUGGGUUGCUGUACACUCUGCUGACACAAUGAAGUAGUCAAACAAGAGGGUCCUUUUUUCUUGGAACCAAAUGCAACCUAAGAAAACAAACUUACGAAUGAUACAGAAAUCUAUGAUGUCAUAACACUUUCUUCUCUCAGUCGCGCCAUAACCAUGGCCUCUACAAGUAGGAAAGUUUUACAGGACGAUGAACUAGAUGAGCUCCUUGCUCACGACUCGGAAGUUAGUGAGUUC